UUUCCUCCAAUAGUUGUAAGUUAGCAAUCUUCGCGACAAGAAACAUGGUCGUCGUCCCUCGUCCCGCUGCGCCUUCCUCAGUGGUGGUCGCACUGAUUCCGUUUUACCAGAAAUGUUUUGUGCCAACGUUUCCACCAUCAUUGGAUUUGCGUCACGAUGAUGGGUACUAUGCAUCUUUGGAAGAGGCUACAACAGGGGGGCUGGAGACCUGGUUUGGUGAAGGCUACGAGGAGGUCGACGAUGACUCCUCUAGGUUUCUCUCUUGCUGCAGUGAGGACAAACGACGGUUUCCGGCAUUGGCUAUUGCCAAUGCAGUUGGUUAUCGUGAGGCACAUCUCAAAGAGCCUCUAGUUUCCUUCGCAGAACAGCUGCUUGGCGCCCAUGACGGCGAUUUAUCCAAACUGCCAUGUGCUGUGAGGUCGAGGAUUUCGGUGCUUCCGCGUUUACUCGAUACUUACGACAGAGGCGUCGCAGAAUUGCGUUCUUUGACGAAGCAGAUUGUGCGUCACAUCUGUUUCUCGAUAGGGAGUGAGCAAGAACCACUUUUGACGCCAUUUCUCACAACUCUGGACGAGAUGAGUCAAAUCCUCGCUGAGCGUGAGGAUAUGUCUUGUCCUGUAGAUCAGGCUUUGUUUUUUGAGAUACAACUGCAACUACAAUUAAGUGUUGAAACAUUUCAUUUUUUUUACAAGCCUUCUCUACUUGAGAUUGCAGCUACUAAAAAAUGAAAUGCUUCAACCUUUAAUACAAGGUGGGGACGCUAGUAGCAGUGGCGCAGACGAAGACGAAAGCGACGAAGUUGGGAGUUUACUGGUAGAACAAGGGAUGAAGAGGUCUCUCGGCUUUCAGUUUCCGCCUCCCGCGCAUCAUGCGUUUCAUUGGUCAAGUCUGAAACAGAGUUCGAUUUUAGAGGUGAAUCUUCACUCGAUUGCCUCUGUCGACGAACUACCUUUGCCGAAAAACUGGACGUGGGGAAGCAACCAUAAGAUCUGGGAGGAGGUAAAGAAUGAGGACCCUAUGAGCGUGAACAACUCAAACGUAAUGAAUUACGACCGAUAUGGACACAACGACAACACGUUUUUGUCGCAUUUCAUCGAACUGCAGGCCGUGAAGUUGAGCACGGCUUUGAGUGUUUUGCUGUCAGAAUUGUGGCAUUUGACCGAACAAGACGCGAGUGUUGCGGAAGAACCCGCUGUAUCCACAGAUGAAGCAGAAUCGCUCCCAGAGGAGAUUCCUAGUUUAGCGGAGAUCCGUCCACCUGCGGCCGCAAUCGAACGGCGGCGAAGACUGGAAGGUCAGGUUGUGGUUUUCCCCACCGAGUCGACGAUCGGGGAGCUGCCGCAGAGUAAGAUAGCACAGAUUCUACAAGAAACACUCGUUGAAAGGUCGCAGAAAGGCCUAGCAGUAGCAGAAGAGACUUCUCAGGAGGACGGCAGUGAGAAGGAAGCUGAGGCGGUUGCAGAUCCCGAAAUUGGUAAUGUCAUCUCAACAGGCGAUAAAGAUGAACGUUCAUCACCUUCAUCUUCUGAGAACAACAGUCCUGCAGAAGGUGGUCUACCAGCAGCUUUGACCUACAUCGAGUAUGCGCGAAAAAAGCAAUACACGCGGCAAGGACCUGACAUGUGCGUGACCCUAUUCGAUCAUGGAUUGAUCGAUAACUUUAAGGGGAAAUUGUAGAAAACACACUCACUGGUUUAUUAGCAAUCCGAAUCCCAUUGUCUCAGUCUCAAUUUUGAUGAGUCUCAGUUACAACUUUAGCUCUAAUUUCGAUGAAUCUCCCUCCUCCACUUCAGCAGGCACUCCUAGCACUGCUCCCGCCGCUCGCUGUCGUUGGUUGCGAUACCCGGAAGCUAGUCGAGUGCCUCUCACAGUGCUAGAACCUGCAACAACGACGGUCAGCAGUAUUGGUCUUCGUACUAGUGAGGAGGGCAGGCUUUUCACGGGUGUCCAGCAUUUGGCCAGGAAUGAUGAAUACUUCAAAGGUCUCCUCGCAGAAUAUGUCCAAGAACACCGAAAGUGGCGUGCCGGUGACGAGAGUAGCACUUUUCUUAAAGGCGCCGUCGUAGUAGUUUGCUAUGGUGUGCCGAUGUGUGGUGGUCACGGUGACCGGCUUCAUGGGAUCUUGAGUCUCUUCCUUUUCGCUCUCGUCACAAAGCGUGGCUUUCUGAUUGAUAUUCGACAUCCACAUCCUCUGAUUUCGGUUCUUUUUCCUUCCUUUCUCGACUGGCGAGUGCGGGUGGAGGAUUUACCUCUGAAUAACCGUGUGCAACUAGUAGAUUUACCAGAAAACGAGGUGGAUCGAACUUUGCGUGGUUUACGCAGAUCUCCGGAGACUGUUCUUGUUGGUACCAACCUGCGAUUCCAUUCCCUAAUGGCUGAGUGGUUGGAUCAAGAGCGUGGCUAUUUCGCACUGCCUCCAGGUUGGGUGUCGCAGGUCUGGAACUUGCUUUUUAAGCCCAGUCCGAGUGUGUUAGAACCUCUCAGGCGAUAUGGAGCAAGGAAGCCUUUCUUGGCCUUGCAUUUUCGAGCAGGGAACGAGACGCAGCAUAGCUUUGUGGAUCCUGCGAGACACAGCUUGCAACUGGUGGACUCGUUCUUGAAAUGUGCUGAAAAAGUAUCACAGGAAUUGGGUCUAGGAUUGACGAGCUUGUCAGAAGAGGUGGAUUCAUCAUCCGAUCUUGCUGGAGGACCAAUCUUGGAUCCAUCAACUCCCUGGUUUUUCUCCGGAGACAGCGAUCUGUUUUGGAAACAUGACAGUGUGAAAACUCUAGUGGAAUCUGGGAAAGCAAGGAGCUUUGUUGUUAAGAAGAAACGGUGACGAGGAUCAUGUGGUAAUUUUCCCACCUGCUUGGUUGUGUACUGUAAGGAGUUGAGAAAAUGAAAAAGCACGACAGCUAAUUCUCAUAAAUAUAUAAUGUUGAUGUGUUGUUAAUGUUAGGUCGUAUUACGAUCAUGUGCGACCACCCCAUUUUCUUCAUCUAACACCCAGUCUGCUCCGAACGCUGCGGACCAUACAGACAUCAUCCACGUGGAUAGGACACAAGGAGUUGGAAUGCAGGCAUACGAACGCUCUUGGUCGGAGUACAUAGGGCUGUCGCGAGCAACGGCACUGAUAAUUUCGAACUCGUUCUUUGGCGAGACAGCCGCUGAAAUAGGCAAUGUACCAUUCGUGUACUACGGGGAGGGGUGCAUUCCGGUGGAUUUGUGAUGCGGAUUCUUGACCCUAGUACUUGGUCGCAAUUAGUAGAUUUACCAGAAAUUUGCGUGGUAGAUCGAACUUUGCGUGGUUAAUGGUGAAGGUGAUGGUGAAGAUGGACGAUCGAAAUCAAAUGAAACAAGGCUACGUACCAUGUUGUUCUUGUUGGCAAUCAGCUUCAAUCAAUCAUCAAGUUGAAAAUUUGAAAGAAGUAAACUGCUCGUGUUAGUUCUUACAUCUACAUGGAUACGCAGCACAUUUUAUUGUGCUAAGGUGGUCUCAUGCGUUGUUGUGACAAAUGAUGUUUUCAUCUACCGGGACGUUCCACGAAACGACCGAAAUCAAGCAAGAGAAAUGCGGAUCGUUUUACAAGUGGAAUCAAUGCGGACGACAU